CGCAGUGCUAGCCGCCGUGACUGUUGUACAAGUAAAAUGAGGAAAUCAUCACUCUUUUGUGCUGUUGACGACUUUAUCUUACAGCGCUAGCAGCCUCUUCACCCAGUGAUGAAAAAUUCCUGGUGCAUACCCGCGUCAGUAGCGCUGGGCGGUCGACGGUCAGCACACUGAAGCUGGCGGGCAUCUACAGCAAGUGCUGCGACAAGCUUAUCUUCCAGCUUCAUCGUCUACCUCAGCCACUUCAUUCUGCAUCAAUAUCCGUUGUCACUUGGUUGCGAGCAAGGUUCCCAGGCGUCAACAACAAGCGAUCUCGUCUAUUGGAAUUGGCGUUGCAAUAAUGCCUCCCCAGCUGCAGCUGCACCCUGGUGACGACAAGCAUGUUAGCCGCCCAGCUUAGGCGGAAGCCAUCGCCAUUGGUCAUUUCUCACGCUCGACUCCCCACGACGGCCAGAGUGUGUGUGCAGACGCCAGCCAGUCAUCGCCGUGCCAAGACGGCGGCCAGAGAAAUGUCUAAAUAUAGCAGCAGACAUCGACAGCUGAUUGGGCGCUUUCUCUCAAUAGUGGCUUGACCACGAUCUCGCCUACGAUGGACAUCGUUCACAUCGGGUCAUGAUGUCCUUCAAGCCGCCCUCUGUCGAGGCAUGGAUGUCAGGAUCAGAUGCGCUGGCGCGGCGUCAUUACCUGGCACUUUGCUCUGUCGCCGUUGCUGUCCGCCGCAUCACCCUGUGCCCAAUACGCACCGCCUCGUCAUACGAGCAAGAGCUGGGCCGUCCAUAGGCGCCG